GUAAUUAUGGUAUCUCCUUCCAUGAACUUGGAAACAGCUGUUAACAGCAAACUAGUUAACAGCACUAAUUAAGCUAGAAAAACAAUAUAGAGAGGAUUAAUAUAGGCCAGGAAGUGGCUGAGCAGUGUAAUAGCAUAAGACAAACUAAAUCUGUCCAAACAAACAGCCCACUAACACAGUUCACAGGUGGCAUUGACAUUGAGAAGGAUGAGACUGGAAAUUAAUGGAUUUAAUGGGUUUCUUGAGGACUGGCCCUGAGUUGGCAGGGGAAAUUAGCAGUCUGACUUUCUGCAUGCUUUUUGUUUCAAAGGAGAUGUUGAUAGAGAGUGAAAAGGCAACUAUGUUCCUCAGAUUGCUGGAAGGAAGCCUGUUUUGCUCCAGAGAUCUCUUCUUUUUUUUUUUUUAAUGAACUUUGAGAACCGUACAUCCGCCUGACAGUCAGACUUCAGUGUCCUGCCUGGAGAUGAGGCUGUCUGAUAUAAGAACUCCAAGGAAGAUGUGAUCUCCACAGCCAUUUUAAGAGAGGAAGCAAUGCUGAAGAAAGCCCAAGUCCCGCUUUCACGUCUCGUUGUACCUAUACUCCUUGCAGUUGGCUGGAUAGUGGGCUGUGCACUAAUGGUUUACAUUGUCUUCUCUUGAUAGAAGACAGAAGAAUUUACAGUUAUGUUGAUUAGAAGAACCUGGAAGUUAAAUUGAAAUGUCUAAUGACUACAAUAUGUAUAAAAUGAGUUAUUUUUAAUAUCAACACUGUAAACAUGGUGUAUACUUUUUAUCUACAACAAAGGUUUGAAAUGCUAAUUAGAACAUUAGGAAGAAUCAUCAAACCAAUUUCCCAGUUUUCAAAUGAUUUGUAAUUGAGGGAGUAGUUUUUGGAGUCCAGUGGUAGGUCAGAUACCUGCCUGUUCUGCAGCCUGCUUUGUUGUUGCCACCCUCAAUUUAAGCAGUUUUGGAAACAGUAUUCCCAGAGUUAGUGAUGCAAUGGUGGACAAAAAAGUGAGUUAACCUCAUUUGUGAUAUGUGCCAAGCUGGGGAAGAAGUAUCUCAAUGUGUUUGGGAGAGUUUUAAGUGAGUUAAGAUAAUUUUUUAAGUUUUGUAGUAAAAAAUAUAUUGUUAAACUUAAAAUACUGUGGUGGUACACUCUCCCUGUCCCAAGAUCUGAAGUAUUAGUGUCUAAAUAAAUUUUCUGAAACUACAUUUAAAUUCUUCUUUUAAAAAAGCAAACAGUCAUACAAGCAUACUAAUACAUAAAUCAAAAAAAAGUCCUUUAGAAAAUGAAAGGAAGAUAGGGCAAGUUACAUGGAAGCAAUGCAUCCUAAAAUGUAUGACUUAGACUUUCUAAAUCAUAAAACAUUUGGGUUUUAUUUAAUAGUAUGUAGAUAAAUACCAAAUGAACUGCUGGCCUCUUCUGUUUACAUGAUGUUCAGGGCCCAAUUUUGUAUUUUUCCAUUGGCAACCAAUCUGGUUCUUGUCAAAUUAAAUGCCACUGGACUCAGCGGGCACUGAAAUGGAUUGAGACCAUGUAGAAUUCCAGUCCCGUUUUCUGGCAUGCUGGCAGCCCCUCUCUGCUGGCAUCAGCCAGAGUGCAAUCCAGCGAGACUGGAGAACAAAGCUAGAAUUCAAAAUGAAACUAAAUAACUAGUCUGGAAAAAAAUGCAAUGCAAUAGGUGAAAAUUUAAUUCCUACACCUUACAGGAAUUGUUAAAAAGCACAAAUACGGAACAGGGAGCUGCUGGCUGGAUAGCAGUUUUCAGAAAAGAGCCUUGAAUUGCCAUGUAUGACAGCCUGAAUUCAGGUCAGCAAUGUCAUAAUGUUGGUGUGAAAAGUGAAACUUUGUCUGGGAUGAUUAUGAGAAAAAUGGCCUGAGAGGUGCAUGAAAUCACCCCCUGCUCUACCAGCAACGGUAAGGCCUCCCCAGCCUGCUGCAGCUGCCUUGGGCACCACGGGAACCAGUCGUGGGCCGGUGGGAAGGAGCUCGGGGGAGAGCAGCAAGGGGGAACUGAGGUUUGUAAUGUUUAACCAGUGAGAAAAUGAGCACACUGGAGUGGUUCAGCCUAAGAGCAGACUGAAGAAAACGUAAGUCUUAAGCAUAUCAGACUUUUUGAAAGAGGAAGGGAAUAAUCUCUUCUUGGUGACAAACAGGCCAAGAAGUAAUGAAGAAAUAGAAAGUAAGAUUCAGGCUGUCCAGGCGCUGAAGCACUGGAAGAAAUUUUUAGGCAUAAUAAUCAGUAUUAUUAUUGAUUACUGGGAACCUGUGGAAAUAGAUGGACAAAUGUCUCUCGGGCAUGCCACAGGAGUACAGGUGAUCCUGCGUUGGUGCCUGAGCGCGACAAUAUUUGACAUCUCCUUAUGCACGAGUCUCCAUGACUAUUAAGUAUUCCCAUGAAAUUCUGCAGGACUGUUUGCAGAGAAGACACAGAACUGACUGAUGGUAACAAGAGGCAAAUACUA